AGUUAAGAGAGCUAGAUCAAGAUCAGAAGAACGGAGGCGUUAUCAAUCAGCUUAUCAUCAAAGUUCAGUGCAAAGUACUAACAACAUGAAUAACAACAACAGUAGCAUUACUUCCAGAAAGAUUUUUGUAGGUGGAUUGCCAUCUAAUAUUACUGAAGAUGAGUUUAGGAGUUACUUUGAGAAAUUUGGAUCCGUGAAUGAUGUUGUUAUCAUGAAUGACAGUGAAACACAGCGGCCAAGAGGCUUUGGCUUUAUAACCUUUGCUUCAGAAUCAGCAGCACAGAAUGCGACACAGAAGAGGUUCCAUGAGCUGAACAAAAAAACUGUAGAGGUUAAAAUAGCUGUUCCCAAGGAUAUUAACCACACUUGCAGCAGUAAUUAUAACAACACGAAUGAUAAUUCUUAUCAGAAUUAUCUUCCUUGGGGGUAUCCACCUUAUGGUCCGGAAUAUGGGUAUUAUCAUGGUUAUGAAUCACAAUUCCUUCCUGGUUUUGGAUUUGGUCCAGUUGGCUAUGAUGGAGGAUAUACAUAUGACGGCUAUAGUGCAAUUGGUUAUGGCGCUCUGUAUUCAUGUCCAAUGCUCGCAUGGAAUGGACCUGCCCUGAUGACUGUAAAACAGGUUUUGGUUCCUUAUGGUGAUGCUUCUUUCUACCCUGGAUAUGUAAAUGCAUGGUCUGAUGGUUAUAUGAGGAUGGCUGAUGGAGGACAUAAUGGCGCUCAGUGGCUUGGAAAGUUGAAUCAUACUGGCACCCUUCUGCAUACGAUAGACCUUGCAGAUACAAUAUCUUUGGGGCUUCAGAAUGUCAGGAUUAAUGGUGCUGAAUAAUCUUUUAGAUGUUCAGCUCUACGCCAUUUCGAUUCGCUUUGUAGUUAAUGCUA